UCUUUAGAGAGUGCUUGAUCAGGCAAGAUCUCAUCAUGAAGUAUAGAAUGUGAUAUAUCUGCCAAGAGAAAGCUAUCUCUUGGUCUGUCCCCAAACUUGGCAUCAUAUACUAGCUUCAUCAUGAUCAUGCCCGCCACCAUGUCGUGUCGGUCAAAUACCAGUACACCCCACGGUGAAGGACGGUUAUCGGCCCAUCUAUCCACGCCCAUGACACCUCAGGUAAGGGGGGCAUUGACCACGGUGUGGCCAUGAGGGCCUUUGUUACUGAGGCUGCCAGGAUGAUAUGUCGUAUCCUCAACGAGUUGGGCAUCUCCUGCGAGAGAAUUUUUGUAAGGGGCUGAUGAGUUUAAAAGCCCGUGUAUCCCCCAGGUCUUGGAUGGUUAUAAAGUCUAGCUUCAUAUCUCAAUUCAAGCUCAUCAUAUCUCUCAUACUUCUCACAUCACUCACUCACUCACUCACUUACAUCAAAAUGGAAGCCAUCAAGAACAACUCUAUUGUCUCAAGCGUCGAGAUCGACAUCGACACCACCCGAAAAACCGCUGUCAACGCCGCAAUUGACAUCUUCACAAUUGAUCAAGGGCACGUCAGCCUCCCCAAAGACCUCUGCCCUCUCGACGCCCUCUCCAGCAUUCUCCGCAGCAUCUCCUCAGUCUUCGAGCUCGACGUCAGCGCCGAUCUCGACCUAACAUGCCGCAACAUCCUGCACCGCAUCCUCCAAUCCAUUUUCGACACAAACACCCAAUCCGCCCUCGAAGAAGACUCCGAGAUCUUUGCCCACCUGAGCUCCAAGCAAAAAGCCCGUAUCCUCGCACAAGCCAUCGCUGCCUUCGCCGUGAUCUUCCAGCGCUUGGCUCAGACCGGUGAGAAGGUCACUUAUGGCGUUCUUAACCGUGAGGUGCAGCUCUUCACGGAGAGUGACCAGCGCCCAUUGAUGCAGAGUCUCAUUGAGGGUGAUGCUGUCUUUGAGAAUUGUUCUCGUAAGAGCGACGUUGCUGAAGCUAUCCUCUCUGCUAUCGACGCAGACGAAGACGCUGCGACACCUCAGCCCGUUGCUGCAGAUGACAAGCAAGAUUUUAUGUUCUCCCCCAGCGCAGCCCAAGACCACAAGAACAUGGGCAUUCCCUGGGGCUUCAGCAUCAUGGCGAUCAACUAAACCACAUCACGAACUUUCAAACUUGACGACUGGCGUUUUUUAAGGGACUCUCCGAUUAGCGCGGCGCUCAUAAAGUGCCAGGUAUUUGCAUUAUAAUAAUCCGCGUACUGUAGAAUAUAACUCAACUCAUGGUCUAUUUUUCUUUCCUCUCUCGUCAUUACUGAGGUGCUUCCUUGCCCUGGCUUUGAGCUGCAGUCUGGAUCUGAAUGAUCUCUGUCUUUUUCUUCUCCAGCUUCUCUUGCGUCUCCUUGAUUGUGUCUUCUAGUCGUGUACUGAGAAUAUUAGCAUGCGACAUGUAGUGAGGGGGAAGAAUAGUCACAUUUCACUACUAAUAAAGUCUAGACGGCCCUUGACUGUGUUCUCAGCCUCAAAUUUGUCUUGCUUCAGCAGCACUGGCCCAGCGAGCUUGUAGAUUGUCUCUCCCUCUUGUA